GCUUGUGAUCCGUCUUGACAUAUUUAUAUUUCCCGGGUUGGUGCCGCAGUGGAAGUGGGGGUAGAAACAGAAGUUGGCUUCCUGAUUGUUCUGGUAGUUUCAGCAGAGGCUGUAGUUCGGUUUUCCGCGCUUCUUGUGUUUCAGAGUUCUCCCAUCAUGUAAGCCAUGGCUCUAAAAGGGCAAGAGGACUACAUUUAUCUUUUCAAGGAUUCAUCACAUCCAGUGGAUUUUCUGGAUGCAUUCAGAACGUUUUAUUUGGAUGGAUUAUUUACUGAUAUUACCCUUCAGUGUCCUUCAGGCAUCAUCUUCCACUGCCACCGAGUCGUUUUAGCUGCCUGCAGCAAUUAUUUUAAGGCAAUGUUCACAGCUGACAUGAAAGAAAAAUUUAAAAGUAAAAUAAAACUGUUUGGCAUCCACCAUGAUAUUUUGGAAGGCCUUGUAAAUUAUGCAUAUACUUCCCAAAUUGAAAUCACUAAAAGAAACGUACAGAGCCUUCUUGAAGCAGCCGACCUGCUGCAGUUUCUUUCGGUAAAGAAGGCUUGUGAGCAGUUUCUGGUCAGGCACCUGGAUGUUGAUAACUGUAUCGGGAUGCACUCCUUUGCAGAGCUUCAUGUGUGUUCAGAACUAGAGAAGGAAUCACGAAGAAUUCUGUGCUCAAGGUUUAAGGAAGUAUGGCAACAAGAAGAAUUUCUGGAAAUCAGCCUUGAAAAGUUUCUGUUUAUCUUGUCCAGAAAAAAUCUCAAUGUCUGGAAGGAAGAAGCUGUUAUAGAGCCGGUCAUUAAGUGGACUGCUCAUGACGUAGAGAAUCGAAUUGAAUGCCUGUGCAAUCUACUAAGCUAUAUCAACAUCGAUAUAGACCCAGUGUACUUAAAGACAGCCUUAGGCCUUCAAAGAAGCUGUCUACUAACUGAAAAUAAAAUACGUUCUCUAAUAUACAACACCUUGAAUCCCAUGCAUAAAGAGAUUUCCCAGAGGUCCACAGCCACCAUGUAUAUCAUUGGAGGCUAUUACUGGCAUCCUUUAUCAGAGGUCCACAUAUGGGAUCCUUUGACAAAUGUUUGGAUUCAGGGAGCAGAAAUACCAGAUUAUACCAGGGAGAGUUAUGGUGUUACGUGCUUAGGACCCAACGUUUAUGUAACCGGAGGGUACAGGACAGACAACAUAGAUGCUCUCGACACUGUGUGGAUCUAUAACAGUGAAGGCGAUGAGUGGACAGAAGGCUUGCCAAUGCUCAAUGCCAGGUAUUACCACUGUGCGGUCACCUUGGGGGGCUGCGUCUAUGCCCUAGGGGGCUACAGAAAAGGGGCCCCGGCAGAAGAAGCCGAGUUCUAUGACCCACUGAAAGAGAAGUGGCUUCCUAUUGCAAACAUGAUUAAAGGUGUGGGAAAUGCUACUGCCUGUGUCCUACAUGAAGUUAUCUACGUCAUUGGCGGUCACUGUGGCUACAGAGGAAGCUGCACCUAUGACAAGGUGCAGAGUUACAAUUCAGACAUCAACGAAUGGAGCCUUAUUACUGCUAGCCCACACCCAGAAUAUGGAUUGUGCUCAGUUCCGUUUGAAAACAAGCUCUACUUAGUCGGUGGACAGACUACAAUUACAGAGUGCUAUGACCCAGAACAAAAUGAGUGGAGAGAGACGGCGCCCACGAUGGAGAGGAGGAUGGAGUGUGGUGCUGUCAUCAUGAAUGGAUGCAUCUAUGUCACCGGGGGUUACUCCUACUCAAAGGGGACGUAUCUCCAGAGUAUUGAGAAAUAUGAUCCAGAUCUUAAUAAGUGGGAAAUAGUAGGCAAUCUCCCAAGUGCCAUGCGGUCUCAUGGAUGCGUUUGUGUGUAUAAUGUCUGAUUGAGUCCACAGGACUAACCAGGUCAUCACUUGGGGCAUAGUAAAAAGAAUGCAGAGUUUGGGGUACCUUGUUAUUGUGAUUUGGCACAUACCGGGCACUGGAAAUUUUUAAUUCUAACCCUGCAGACCCAGUGAUUAAAUGGGAAUAACAUAAGAAAAAUGUUAUGUAUGUAUGUAUACAGUUCAACUAAGAGAGCAAACCCCUCCUAGGAUCUCUGAGGUAUCUGACACUUGGUAAAGGUGAAAUACCUUUGUAGUGAAUCUUUUCCUCCUGGUAGCAUCAACACUGGGUAUAAGUCAAAAUCAUUCAUUCUGUGUUACGAAAUGUCUGUUAAGAGCCUAUGAUAUAACUGGGCAUUGGUGGUGCAUGCCUUUAAUCCCAGCCCUUGGGAGGCAGAGGCAGACAGAUCUCUGAGUUCAAGGACAUGGAGUCCAACCUGGUCUACAUAGCAGGUUCUAGGCUAGCCAAGGCUACAAUGAGAACCUGUCUUUGAAAGCCUGUGUUGUACCUGUGUAUAUUACGGGUCUCUAACUGGCAGGAAUUUGAAAUAUAAAGAGGGAACCUUCUCUACCUCUACAAAACCAACACUUUAAAAUGUUUCCCUUUAGAAUUCCUCAGAAUGUGGAUUUACUUACAGCAUUUUCCUUUGGGGUGUAUAUAAGUUAUUGCUGGUAUUCUUUAUUUACUAUCAGAGCUAUACUAAACACUGUACAGAUGAUUGUUCAAUGAGUUUACAACUCAAUUUAAAAGAAUUGCAAGUCUAAUAUGACAGAGAAAAUAGUCAAAUAUUUGCUUAUGAUAAGGACUGUUUUUAAUUUUUAGCAUUUUUAGCUUGGGUAUAAAUUGCUAGUUUAGGUGUCUGGCUUAAGCAUGCUGGAACAUCCUCUUUAUAGUUAAAUGUCUGCAUAUAAAGUUGAAUUCCACAACCAGAAAGCAUGUAAAACAGUGGUGAUGCAGUAGAAAAUACAUCGAAAAAGAAGAAUUGGCAUUCAUUGGCCAGCAUUGCCACUGACCAGAUUUUGUGGCUUUGCUGUCUGAGCCCAUCUGUGACUAGAGGUUCCUGAACCACGUGCACUGGCACUUUGAGACAUAGCUCUGUCUAGCUCAAGAACCCCUCAGCCUUUGAAGCCAGAUGAGGCCCGAGUGCCCUCUGGGCCAGAUAGCCCCUUUCCCAGCUUCCUCUGUGUGCUGCAGACACUUCCCAAAUGUGCCAUAACUUCAGAAGGGGCAGGAAGCACUGCUUAAGUUAAUUCAUCCAAACGUGAGUGAGCUGUGAGACCAUCUACUCCAUGCUAGGUUGGUUUUAUUGUUUUGUUUUUUAAGAGAGAAUACUUAUUUUUUACUUUAAAUAAAACUACUUCUGAUUUUUAAAAAAUCUUUUAAGAAGACUACUUAAUACUCACAUCACAUAGCAUUUUAAAUAGAUACAGCCCUUUGGAGUUGACACAUGGUACUUUUUUAUAGUCAUAAAAGUGUCUAACUGUACUGGGCUAUUGGGGUGACUCGGUAGGUAAGAGUGCUUACUUUGCAGGCCUGAAACCUGCAUCUGGUUUCCAGAGCCCACGGUGGAAGGAGAGCAUGGAUUCUGGAAAACUCCUCCUGCCUUGCACACGGGUGCUCUGUGUGCCACGUGUGUGAAUGCAUGCACACACACAAUGCAAGUAAAUUAAAUGUUUUAAAUGACUGUGUCCUUUGCCCCAUGAGCUCCCAUUUUUAAACUAAAGAAUGAUGAAAAAUGUGAAUGCAUGAGAAUGCUUAUGUCUGCAUUAUAAGUAGUAGCGACGAUAUGAAGAAAAUCUAUAUAUUAAAGAAAGUGAGCUAAUGAAAUAAUGACGUGUACUGCCAUGAGAAUAACUGUUUGGAAGACUGUAGAAGUAUGAUGUGUCUGUGCUAAGUAAAAUAAGCACAAUGCAAACUCGUAUUCAUGCUAGGACUGUCACGCUAGCCUUUAUGCAUGUGAGAGGUUAUGUGCUAGAUAAUUCAAGGUGUUAGUGUAAGGAGAUGUGGAAUGGUUUUAAAUUUACUGAAAUUUUUUCUUUGUAUUCUCAAUAAAAAUAAAUAAGUCACUGUA